UUGGUCAAACGCAUACAGGAACCUCCCCCUGAAGCGAGGCCAGGACUGUGUGCGUGCCUGCAGCAGACUCUAAACUCCAAAGUACUCCACAUUCAUCCCCUGCAGUUUUCCCUGCUCUUGGCAAUGUGGAGCUGUCACAUGGCACUGCGUCGGCUCCAGAGGAUUGCUGCUCCUUUGAAUAUCGCCGGGGGUCUGACCAGCAAAGCUCAGAGAGAGAUGUCCUCCCUAUCAAGGGUGUACGUCACCCGACAGAUCCCACCCGAGGGCCUGAAGAUCCUCAAAGAAUCCGGACAAGUACAGUUUGAGCUGUGGGACUCGGACGAUGUCCCAGUUCCGAGGAAAGAGCUGCUCCAGAAAGUCAAAGGCGUCGACGGUCUGCUCUGUGUGCUGACGGAAAAGAUCGACAAGGAGUUGCUGGAUGCUGCAGGUCCAAACCUGAAGGUCAUCAGCACCAUGUCUGUGGGUUUUGAUCAUUUGUCUUUAGAGGAGCUGAAAAACAGAGGAAUCCGUGUGGGUUACACCCCUGAGGUUCUGACCGACGCUGUUGCUGAGCUGACUGUGGCUCUGCUCCUCACCACCUCCAGGAGGCUCAUCGAGGCCACACAUGAAGCCAAGACCGGGGGUUGGGGCACGUGGAGAACUCUGUGGCUGUGUGGGUACGAGCUGGCCAACAGCACCGUGGGCAUUUUCGGCCUAGGAAGGAUCGGUGUGGCUAUCGCAGAGCGUCUUGCACCUUUCAAAGUGAAGAAGUUCAUCUACACAGAUGUGGCCCCCAGACCUGAGCUGGCCAAACAGAUCAAUGCAGAAUAUGUGUCGAUGGAUGAGCUGACAAAGCGGUCGGACUUCCUGGCGAUGUGCUGCGCCUUAACACCGGAAACAAAGGAGAUCUGCAACAAGAACUUCUUCUCCAAGAUGAAAAAGACCUCCAUCUUCAUAAACACGAGCCGCGGGGGGGUGGUGAACCAGGACGAUCUGUACGAGGCUCUGUCCACCGGUCAGAUAGCGGGCGCCGGACUGGACGUGACCGUCCCCGAGCCUCUGCCCACCAGCCACCCGCUGUUCACCCUCAAAAACUGCGUGAUCCUCCCACACAUCGCCAGCGCCUCCUACACCACCCGGAACGCCAUGUCCGCCCUGGCGGCCAACAACCUCCUCCUCGGCCUGAGGGACGAGCCGAUGAUCAAAGAGCUCCAGCUGUAA